AUGCCGCUGUUAAUGAAGACUACAAAGGAAGCCCGAAGCCGUGAGCUGUUGAGGAGAUUGUUGUUGGCUCGUCGCGUAUUUUCUCCUGAAGUGAAGACUGAAGACAGUCAGUCCGUGACUGUGCAAGAAAAAUCCAAUAGGCGUCUGAUAGCUGGACAUGAGGGGGGGAAUUUUGUUUCAGCGCCUCAUUUUGGCAAAAUCGCAAAACUGGCUAGUGAGAUAACACCAUCUCAGAUGGCGAGAAGCUGCAAGGUGGCUGUUGACAGUGUGAAUGUGAACAAGAACCGGUACUUGGAUGUCGUACCAUUUGAUCAAAAUAGGGUUGUUCUUAAUCCAUGUAAGGAUUAUAGACCAUCGGCGAGAGGAUAUAUCCUACAGGAAUUACUCCUUUCUUCUUCAUCAGAAAACAUUUCUCGGUUCAUAGCUACACAGGGGCCACUACCACAUACAUACGAGGAUUUCUGGGAAAUGAUAAUACUGCACCAUUGUCCUGUGAUUGUGAUGCUUACUCGAUUAGUUGACAAUUAUGAGACUGUAAAAUGUGGAGAUAACUUUCAAGCAGAAGAUGGUCCUAGAGAUUUUGGAAAUAUUUCUAUUGUGACUAAGUGGGUCAAAACUACUGACACCUCAUUACUGUUGCGCAGCUUGGACGUGGGCUACAAAGAGGCAGAGGAAUCGCCUAUGUGUGUUUUGCAUAUUCAGUAUCCCGAAUGGCCUGACCAUGGAGUUUCCACGAACACAAAUGCUGUCCGUGAAAUUCUCAGAAGAGCAUAUCAUAUGCCACCCAGUCUUGGCCCUGGUAAUUUGCUAGAUCUCCAUAACAUCUGA